GAUCAAACAUUUCGAAUUCAAAAAUAUUAAUAUUAAUAACUAUUAUUUAGGUUUUCUUUCCUAAAAGAGUGAAUAAAAAUGAGUGAUGAAUUUGGCAAAUCCGGUCUUUAUAUCGACGAUUUGUAUACCUUACGUGUGAUUGAUCCAGAUGUAGCCAAUGAUACUAACGAGCUCAAAGAUGAAUGCGAACAGUUUACAGAUAGCCUGGCUGCAUUUCGACAUAUAAUAGAACAGUUCGUCAGUAUUGUGGAGAAUUUUGCAACCGAAGUUGACGAGGAAAAAAUGCGAGCUAUAGGAAUUCAAAACUUAUUAAAAACAUUUUCGAAGCAGAGGGAAUCAGAGCAGCAGCAAAUACAGGGUGAAAUCAUCGAGAAAAUGGUUGAGCUGGAUAAACUUAAAAUAGAAUAUCAAUACCUGCAAAGGAUUGAAUCCGAGCAACAGGAAAUGAUCGAUAAUUUCUAUCAGAAUCAAUAAACCUGGCUACUGCCCCUAGACUUCACUGCCCGUCAAUUCAUAACAGUUCCAUGUUUGCUUGAUUUCUUAGCUACAUGGGACUAUUAGGCAUUUUUGGACAGUUCACUUCAUAGCAGGGGCUGGUAGCGAUCAGAUCAAUGCUAUUCUAAAUAGUAACUUAAGUGACCAACGUGGACGAAAAAAGAGACUUUUAGUCAGCGUUGAGAAAAACUCCAAAACUUAAAUUUAAACUUGAACUUGGUGAAAAAACUCAAGCGUGAUGCUUUCCUUUAAAGCCGCAAACAAAUUUGCUCGCGCAUGAGAACUUAAUGAAUUAGAUUUGGAAUUACUUUACAAUAAACAUAAGUUUGAAAUCUA